AUGACACAAAGCUUCAAGGGACUGGUGAUGUGGACCACUGUGGGGCUGGUGCUCUGGCUCUGUUUCUCUCCAGCCAUGACGAUGCCCGAUCCCCAAGGAUACCCACCUUUGCCUCUGCCUCCUGCCAACAUGACCCGAAUGACACGCUCUUUUGACAUGAUGGGGAGCCCACCCCCUCAGACAGAACCUGACAUGUCGUACUGCCAGAUGCUGCUGGAGGCGCCGGUACCGCCGCCCAUUGAGAGCGUGCCCUGGUUCUGCGUCUGCUCACACUGCAAGGGCACCGUUGGACCCAAGGGAGAGCGAGGGGACAGGGGUCUGCCAGGAAGUCCAGGCAGUCCAGGAAGAAGAGGCUUCACUGGGUUCCGAGGACGACCGGGAUUCAUGGGUCGACCGGGCCUCAAAGGACAGAAAGGUGAUGACGGUGAGAAGGGAGAGCCGGGGCCCAUUGGAUUCACUGGGGCAAAGGGAGGGCGUGGUUAUAAGGGGGACAAGGGGGACCAGGGUAUUGAAGGGCCCCCCGGAGAGCAGGGACCCCAAGGUGAGGCAGGACAGUGCCCAGAGACAUGUGAGAGCAUCCCAGGCCCAGCUGGUGAACCAGGGCUGCCUGGAUCUGUGGGACCAAGAGGACUACCAGGUGUAGCAGGGAUACCAGGAGUGAAGGGGGAGAAGGGUGACACGGGUAGAAUUGGGCCUGUAGGUCCACCAGGGGAAGAUGGGGUGAAGGGCGACCAGGGGCCAGAGGGGGCGUGUAACUGCCAGGAUGGUGCUGAUGGUGUUGAUGGGCAACAGGGGCCACCAGGACCCAAGGGGGACAAGGGAGAGGUGGGUGCUCAGGGUGUGCCGGGGGCAACCGGUGAGAAAGGUGAUCAGGGAGAAGAGGGUAUGAUGGGAAUUCCAGGUCCUUGUUCCCCUGCCAUCCAGUCAGCAUUCUCUGCAGCUCUGGGGUCAAAUUUCCCUCCCCCCAACCUCCCAGUGGCCUUUACACACGUCCUGCACAACAUACAGGGGCAUUACGACCCUAUCACUGGCAUCUACAUGGCCCCUGUCAAUGGUACAUAUGUCUUCAGUUACCACCUCGCUGUCUUUAGCAAGGUGCUCAAAGUGGGACUGUUCCACAAUUUCAUGCCUAUAGUGAAGACUACUGAGACUGGCAACCUGGGCACCGCCUCACAGCAGGUGGUGCUGCACCUGAACAUGUUUGACCGGGUCUGGCUUCAGGUGAGGGAUGGCAACACCAACGGCAUGUAUGCCAGCUCAGAGGCCAGCAGCACCUUCAGCGGCUUCCUGCUCCAACCUGACACCUGCGACAUGCCACUAUUCCGAGACUUCCCUCCACCCAUGAUGAAGGGAGAAUACAACUGGGGUGUGAUGGAGGCACCACCCACCUCAGCACCUUAGCCACACCCAG